CUCGCGGGGACUGCCACGCUCCGCGCGGCCCCCAGCCCCGCGCCGGUCGCACCCGGGUCUCACAGCUGCCCAUGGCUGACCUGAGCUUCAUCGAGGAUGCAGUCGCCUUCCCCGAGAAGGAGGAAGACGAGGAGGAGGAAGAGGAGGGCGUGGAGUGGGGUUACGAGGAAGGUGUUGAGUGGGGCUUGGUGUUUCCCGAUGCUAACGGGGAGUACCAGUCUCCUAUCAACCUAAACUCCAGAGAAGCCAGGUACGAUCCCACGCUGCUGGAUGUCCGCCUGUCUCCAAACUACGUGGUCUGCCGAGACUGUGAAGUCACCAACGACGGGCACACCAUUCAAGUUAUCCUGAAGUCAAAAUCAGUUCUGUCAGGAGGACCGUUGCCUCAGGGACAUGAGUUUGAACUGUAUGAAGUCAGAUUUCACUGGGGAAGAGAAAACCAGCGUGGUUCUGAGCACACAGUUAAUUUCAAAGCUUUUCCCAUGGAGCUCCAUCUGAUCCACUGGAAUUCCACGCUGUUCGGCAGCAUCGACGAGGCGGUUGGGAAGCCCCACGGCAUCGCCAUCAUCGCCCUGUUUGUUCAGAUAGGGAAGGAGCAUGUUGGCUUGAAGGCUGUGACUGAGAUACUCCAGGACAUCCAGUAUAAGGGAAAAUCCAAAACAAUACCCUGCUUCAAUCCCAACACUUUAUUACCAGACCCUCUUCUGCGGGAUUACUGGGUCUACGAAGGCUCUCUUACCAUCCCGCCUUGCAGCGAAGGUGUUACCUGGAUAUUAUUCCGAUACCCUUUAACUAUAUCCCAGAUGCAGAUAGAAGAGUUCCGAAGGCUGAGGACACACGUGAAGGGGGCAGAACUUGUAGAAGGCUGCGAUGGGAUCCUGGGGGACAAUUUCCGACCUACCCAGCCCCUGAGUGACAGAGUCAUUCGAGCUGCAUUUCAGUAGCCAGAGAGACUGUGGUCAAGCCCAUCUGCAUCGGGGAGGAAGACAGUGGUCCCAUGGAGCCUUUGGAUGAGGAGUGGAGACUCCUGAGUGGCAACUUCGUUUUAACCCUCCAACCUGCAUCUUCUUCAGCUGCUCCAGCUUUGAUGGACAUCUGUGACCAUUGUCUGCAUACACGCUGUUAUGAACUAGUAGAAGUGACUAUUCAAUGUAAAGACACUCAGUGUGUGUGCGCACACGCCACAGCUUCUGGUAUUCAGACUUUUGCACAUACUGCUUCUUGCUUAUGUGUAGAAAGAAUGAACGUAGUUUGCAGACCUAUUAAUAUGACUGUGCCAUAUAUCAAUAUGAGACAGAAGAAACCCUCCACGUUUCUAGAGCCAAGUUGUUCAUUUCCUGUCUGUAUUAAAAAACAUGCCCAUCCCCAACCUAGUGUCAUUUGUGAAAAUAAAAUAAAAGUUUUGGUCUACAACAACCUAGAACUUCAAAAUAUAACAUGAAGGAGUCGUAAAAAUUAUCUUGUGUGUUUUUUCUAACAAUCACACCAAAUUUAAUAUCAAACUGGUUUAUUACAGAAAACAAUUUUGGAAUUAAUACAGAAAUACUUUAUACAUUAUUUUUAAAGAAAUUAUUUGAAUCUAAUAUAGCUGGAACAUAUCUGAAACUAUGGCUUCUACGAAGUUAAGGAUAGCUUAAGAGAUAAAUAGGAAGAAAGAUGGGCACAGCGAUAGCUUCGUUUUCCAUAAUUGAAAUAGAAUUCAAUGGUAUACUAUAUUAAUUUAGUUUGUACAUUUUGUAUGUCUUCAGAAUACUUUAUUCUAUAGAUUGCACUUCUGUGUUGAGGUAAGAUAGGGUGGACCAUAUCCUGUUUUUAAGAGUGGCUGUCCGUUAAUCACAUCUUAAGUCAUAGUUCAAUGUGACAGAAUGGUGUGCAGCAGGAGAGAUACUGACAGAAAGCAAGAACUUAAGAAAUAAAUGUUUGCCGGGCGGUGGUGGCGCACGCCUUUAAUCCCAGCACGCGGGAGGCAGAGGCAGGCGGAUCUCUGUGAGUUCGAGACCAGCCUGGUCUACAAGAGCUAGUUCCAGGACAGGCUCCAAAACCACAGAGAAACCC